AUGAACGACGAAAAUGUUUUCCAUAUUCCUAGUGGUUGCAAAAACGCAGAGGAAUUCUCAAAUUACGUUCAUAGCAAAAUCAUGGAAUGCUUGAAAGACUACAAGAGCAAAGACGCAACUCUGAAACAUCUAUUGGAUGAGUAUCAAAUCGAACAUGAUCAAACCAACACAGUUUGGGAUCUUCUUGAAAUAGCAUAUGCAGAUUUCUUCAUCGAGUACGAGAAGAAUCGGAAGACCCGCGAGAACGAUGCAACAAGUUCAACAAAGGGAAUAGAACCAGGUUUCUUUUAG